UGAUUUCCUGGGACAAGUGCCGAUGGACAGGAACAGCUGUUUGACAAAUGACAGCUCAUGCUCUGAAUUCGUUUUAAUUGUUAUUUUUCUGUCGUUAGAUAAACUAUUUUAAAGCUGGAUUUAUUUCUGCAAGUGCCGAUAGCACAACAUAUAUACUGUUGAUGCUCUAUUCAUUUUAACAGGAUAUGAAAAAGGGAAGGAAACACCAGCAAGGUACAGGAGCCCGGGUGAAUGGGAAUGGAAAUGCACAGCAACAUGGAGAGCAUGAGUCAUGGAAAAAGCUGAAGCUGGUGGAGAUCCACCAGGCCCUGAACUGUGACCCUGUGGACAUUGAGACCCUGCGGAGGGCGGCCGUCAGCGAGGGAGGCCUUCUUACAGAUGAGAUCAGGAGGAAAGUCUGGCCCAAGCUGCUCAGCGUCAAUGUGUACAACUUGCCUGCUAAACCAACCAAGGAUAUCCGAGAGAACCACAAGGACUUCAACCAGGUGCUCCUUGAUGUCAGGAGGUCCAUGAAACGUUUCCCAAGAGGCAUGCGUGUGGACGAGAGGCAGGUACUACAGGAACAGCUGAUCGACAUCAUCCUGGUUGUCCUACAGAAGAACCCUGCGUUACACUACUACCAGGGUUACCAUGAUAUCGUGGUCACCUUCCUACUGGUGGUUGGAGAGCGCAUGGCCAUUGCCAUGGUGGAGACCCUUUCCAAUCACCACCUCAGGGAUUUCAUGGAUCCUACCAUGGACAGCACCAAGCACAUACUGAACUACCUAAUGCCAAUACUGGAGCAAGUUGAUCCACAGCUACAUGAAUUCAUGCUGAGGGCCGAGGUGGGCACCAUCUUUGCUCUGAGCUGGCUCAUCACAUGGUACGGCCACGUCCUGUCUGAGUUCCGUCACGUUCUCAGGCUCUAUGACUUCUUCCUGGCUUCACACCCCCUGAUGGCCAUCUACUUCGCUGCCGUUAUCGUCCUGCACAGGGAGAAGGAGGUGAAGCAAACCGAGUGUGACAUGGCCAUGGUGCACCAACUCCUGUCUAAGAUCCCCCAGGACCUGCCCUACGAGGAGCUCAUCACCCAGGCCCACUGCCUCUUUACCCGCUACCCGCCCUCCCUGCUGGCCAAGCGUGCUGCUCUGCAGUCCCGCAAUAGCAUCACCAUCAACUGUUUCAAGGCUUUCCAGGCGGCCACUCAGCAGCAGCGGCCAGACUCGGUCCUACGUCGGCAGCUCCUCCAGGGCCGGGCCCGAGGCCUCGGAGGCCCAGACUCCCAGCUGGUCCUGUCCAGGGACACGCAGCCCAACCAGGCUGCCAACCAGCUCGUCAAGAUGGCCGUGUGGGGCAUCUCAGCCACCUUGGGGGCGGCCGCUCUGGCUGUGGCCCAGACCGCCCUGGACUGGGCUCCUGAUUUCUUCAUGCAGCUCUUCUGAUGGAUGUACUGCAGCCUGCUGUUAAGGAGCAGAGGGGAGGGAGGUAGGCGGGAGGGAGAGGGGAAACUCGAAACUCCUCCGCUUAAUGAGUAGGGGGAAUGUUAUGCUAGGGAAAGAAGGGAGGGAGGAGCUAGUGCCGAACAGGUUGUGUCACACACAUAUGUAGACCACCAGCUGAGGAGAGGGGGCGAGGGGGGCGGAGGAGGGGUUGGCACCUCAAAAAACCUUUUGUGCCAAAAUUAGUUCCAUUUAAAACAAAGGGGAGAAAAAAAGUAUUUAUUUAUUCAGUAGUGUUUUUAUUUAUGUAUUUUGUGCUAAUAUUGGGGAAUGGAAGGUAGCCAGUAGAUGAGUUUUUGUAAUGAUAAGCAUUUUUGAGUGCCAGCCUGUGUGCCGUCAGCAAGUAUGUCUGGAGAGAAAAACGCACCAGUAGCUAAUUCACAGCAGCAGGCACACAAAUUAUUAAAAAUACGUUUUUUCCCUGCUGAAUGCCUUGGGUUGUGAGCGACGGGAGCAGUUCAUUAGGGGGUUAUUUAGAGAGGUCGACUCUACAGAGAGAGACAGAGAACUACAUUUCAGCUUUAAAAUGCCACUUUAAAGUAACUGGGUUCACUUAGUCCAUGGUGAAUGAGGAUGUAUGCAGUACAUAUAACACUCAAACCCUACCCGGAGUUGGAUACUGCACUUUAAAAGGGAGGCUGCAUCCCAAAUGGCUCCCUAUUCCCUUUUCUAGUGCACUACUUUUGACCAGGGCUGGGCUCUGGUAAAACAUAGUUGUAUGUAUGUGUAUGUGUAUGUGUAUGUGUAUGUGUAUGUGUAUGUGUAUGUGUAUGUGUGUGUGUGUGUGUGUGUGUGUGUGUGUGUGUGUGUGUGUGUGUGUGUGUGUAUACAUAUAUAUGUGUGUGUAUAUAUAUAUCUAUACACACACAUAUGUGUAUAGAUAUAUAUGUGUGAUAUAUGUAUAUAUAUGUGUGUGUGUGUAUAUAUAUAAUCUACAUACAUAAUCUCUCUCUCUAUAUAUAUAUAUAUAUAUAUAUAUAUCACAUAUAUAUAUAUAUAUAUAUAUAUAUAUAUAUAUAUAUAUAUAUAUAUAUAUAUAUAUAUAUAUAUAUAUAUAUAUAUAUAUAUAUAUAUAUCACAGAGUACUGCUGUCAGAGUACUGCUGUCAGUAUCCAAAGACCUAUUCGGUCAACUGUACUAGCUGUGUCGCCCUGCUGGGUCGCCCUGCUGGGUCGCCCUGCUGAGUAGCCCUGCUGGGUCGCCCUGCUGUGUCGCCCUGCUGGGUCGCCCUGCUGUGUCGCCCUGCUGUGUCGCCCUGCUGGGUCGCCCUGCUGUGUCGCCCUGCUGUGUCGCCUUGCUGUGUCACCCUGCUGAGUCGCCCUGCUGAGUCGCCCUGCUGUGUCGCCUUGCUGUGUCGCCCUGCUGUGUCGCCUUGCUGUGUCGCCCUGCUGUGUCGCCCUGCUGUGUCGCCUUGCUGUGUCGCCCUGCUGUGUCGCCCUGCUGGGUAGCCCUGCUGGGUCGCCCUGCUGUGUCACCUUGCUGUGUCACCUUGCUGUGUCGCCUUGCUGGGUCGCUCUGCUGUGUCACCUUGCUGUGUCACCUUGCUGUGUCGCCCUGCUGUGUCGCCUUGCUGUGUCACCUUGCUGUGUCGCCCUGCUGUGUCGCCUUGCUGUGUCGCCUUGCUGUGUCACCUUGCUGUGUCGCCUUGCUGUGUCGCCUUGCUGUGUCGCCUUGCUGUGUCACCUUGCUGUGUCGCCCUGCUGUGUCGCCUUGCUGUGUCACCUUGCUGUGUCACCUUGCUGUGUCACCUUGCUGUGUCGCCUUGCUGUGUCGCCUUGCUGUGUCGCCUUGCUGUGUCACCUUGCUGUGUCGCCUUGCUGUGUCGCCCUGCUGUGUCACCUUGCUGUGUCACCUUGCUGUGUCACCUUGCUGUGUCACCUUGCUGUGUCACCUUGCUGUGUCGCCCUGCUGUGUCACCUUGCUGUGUCACCCUGCUGAGUCGCCGUGCUGCCUUUUUUAUAAAGUAUAUUAAAUUACUUUUUUUUUCAAGAAUCUGUCUCGAAGGCAAUGUGUAUCCGUCCAAGUUUGCAGGUAUUGCAUUCUAUUAGUUCAACGUUCUCACUAUUUAUGGAAGGAGACCCUCUGAAACACUAAACAUACUUAAAGCUGAUAAUGUUACAAUGAAUGUUUUGUGUUCACCCCCUGAAUUGGAUGCUGUCUGUGUGCACCCCCUGAAUUGAAUGCUGUCUGUGUGCACCCCCUGAAUUGAAUGCUGUCUGUGUGCACCCCCUGAAUUUAAUGCUGUCUGUGUUCACCCCCUGAAUUUAAUGCUGUCUGUGUGCACCCCCUGAAUUGAAUGCUGUCUGUGUGCACCCCCUGAAUUGAAUGCUGUCUGUGUGCACCCCCUGAAUUGUUUUAAUUUGUCUUUGGUGAUCUGUGCACCAUGGAUGUGGCAACCAAUGGACAGCUGUUGCUUUUCAAUCAUUACGACAUUAAUGACUGCCAGGAAGUUAACAUGUUUGGUUCUGUAAAAACGUAUGUUUGUGUGCCAUGGAGCCCAGUAAGACCCUACUAACCAAGCCAGAAAGAAACAGGCCGUAUUUUGUAUUUAAUGUGAGUUUAAUUUCAGCCCCUGGCUUUUGGCAUGGCUUUGGCCCAAUCACUCACACUGGUGUAUCACUGGAAUCCAUUUAACUAAUGAAAAUUACAAAGCAAGGUCUGGCCUCAUUUUUAAUUGCCCAAAUUUGACAACAUGUUUGACAUGUAUGACACUUGUAUAUUUUAAAUUGUCAUAGGUUGUUUUUAAAGGGAUGCUUCUGGACUUUGGCAAUGAGGCCCUUUUAUCUAUUUAACCAGAGUCAUACUGGACACAGAGACAUAAAACAUGGGGUCCACCAGUUCAUCUGAUGCUGAGGAAGUAAAUCUUGAAGUAUCUUGAAGUAUCUUGAAGUAUCCUUUUAAAAAGCUGCUUAUGAAUAGUUUUGAAAUGAUUAUCAGUCAUUUCUUAUGAUUUAUUAAUUGAUUUGUUAAUUAUUCUUUUGCUAGAUUUUAAGAUGUGUUUUUUGCAUCCUUUACAAGGAAAGUAACAUUAUAAAUAUUUACUUAAAAUGAACUUGGCACAGAUAGAAGUUCAACAAAACCUCUGAUUCCGGCUACUGGCCUUUCUGGAAGAUUAUCUAGUUUGAUGGGAGACACUAGACAGUUAGUUUAUUGGCUCAGUCUCUCUCCCGCUCUCUCUCGGUCUCUCUGUGUGUGCGUGUGUGUGUCUAACUGCGGUCUAGUUGGCACCCGCUCUUCUAAAUCCUGUCCAGUUGAAACAGGUUAGCGUGAAUACUGGUCUUUUGGUUUACCCUGUCUGUCUUGAUCCUGGAGUUUUCCACUGAACUCAUGUUUACCCCCAGAGACUAUGGGCAAUUGUCUGAAUAACUUUACCAAACUUGGUACAUUAGACUAUACUUCACAGAGAAAGCCCAUUCUGAAUGGGUAUCCGGCAGUAGCCAUGGUACAGGAAUGCUUCUCAAACGGUGCCCUAUUCCUACUCAAAAGUAGUGUACUAUCUAGGGAAUAAGGGUGCCAGUUGGGAAACGCCCAACUAGAUUACCCCAAUGUUUUAUAUUUUCUUUAGUUUGAAUUUGAUGCACAGUGCACACGCGUGAAAUGGUUUACAUUAAUUAGCGGUAUAGUAGGAUGCAGUUUAAAGGUGACAUUUCUACAUAUUACAGAGUCUUUGCACAUGCUGUUAUGACUAUGGCAAUAUUGAUCGUGUUCUUUCAUUCAGGUCUGGUGUUAUUAUAUUCUGUUAUUCUGUUAUUAUAUUCUUGGUUAGAGAACAAUGUUUGUCUUUCGGUAGGGAAAACCACAUCAAUAAAGACAUGGGGGAAAAAACA